ACCAGCCUGUCUGUUCAUUUGAAAGAAAUUCCCAAAUGAGAGCUCAUCUCUUGGCUGGAGGAAGAAGAUCCAGUUAGCCGGGGUACUGAGAAAGAGGAGAGACUGGCAGCAGGUAGUAGACAAGACAGUGAAAAAUCCAUCUGUGCUUCAUCUGCAACAGCCAAACAGAAGAGAUGUUAGGAAAUCAAGAAGGACCAAAACAGCAUGAAGGAAAUCAGUCAAAGAAUGGGAGGAAGAAAUCCUCUACCUAUGAGGGUGAGGAUGUCCAUGAAGGUCUGAUUCCAGUGGAAGAUCACAAAAGAAACAGCAAGAAAACAUUUUCAGUGUGUGGAAUAAUAUUUAGCCAUAAAUCAGAAUUAAAUAGGCAUUGCAGAACCCACACAGGGGAGAAAGCAUAUACAUGCAUGGAUUGUGGAAAGACCUUUAGGCAGAGUGGUUCUCUUACUAGACAUCAAAGAACCCACACAGGGGAGAAACCAUUUAAAUGCAUGGAGUGUGGAAAGAGUUUCAGUGUGAGUGGUCACCUUACUGAACAUCAAAGAAUGCAUACAGGGGAGAAACCAUUUAAAUGCAUGAAGUGUGGAAAGAGCUUCAGUGUAAAUCGUCACCUUAUUAGACAUCAAAGAACCCACACAGGAGAGAAACCAUUUAAAUGCAUGGAGUGUGGAAAGACCUUUAGUGAGAGAUAUGACCUUACCAGACAUCACAAAACCCACACAGGGGAGAAACCAUAUAAAUGCAUGGAGUAUGGAAAGAGGUUCAGUGACAGCAGAACACUUGCCAGACAUCAAAGAACCCACACAGGGGUGAAACCAUAUAAAUGUAUGGAGUGUGGAAAGAGUUUCUCUGCAAGCAGUAGCCUUACUGUGCAUCUGAGAACUCACUCAGGAGAGAAACCAUUUAACUGCACACAGUGUGGAAAGAGUUUCAGAGUGAACAGUAGUCUAACUUUACAUAAAAGAACCCACACAGGAGAGAAACCAUAUAAAUGUCAGGAGUGUGGAAAGAGCUUUAGUCACAGAGAUCAUCUUAUUUUACAUAAUAGAACUCACACCGGAGAAAAACCAUUUAAAUGCAUAGAAUGUGGAAGGAGCUUCAGUUUAAGCAGUGGCCUUACUAAGCAUCUAAGAACCCACACAGGAGAAAGGCCAUAUCAAUGCAAAGAGUGUGAAAAGAGCUUCAGAGACAGUGGAACAUUAACUAGACAUCAAAGAAUCCACACAGGAAUGAAGCCACAUAAAUGUAUGGAGUGUGGAAAGACAUUCUGUGUGAAAAGUAGCCUUAUUUUACAUCAACAAAGUCACACAGGGGAAAAACCAUUUAAAUGCAUAGAAUGUGGAAAGCGAUUCAGUGUGAGCAGUAACCUUACUCAGCAUCAAAGGACCCACACAGGAGAGAAACCAUUUAAAUGCAUUGAGUGUGGAAAGAGCUUUAGUGCGAGGAACAGCCUUACUCAGCAUCAAAGAACACACACAGGAGAGAAACCAUUGAAAUGCAUGAAGUGUGGAAAUAACUUUAAUGCAAGCACUAACCUUACUAAACAUCAAAGAACCCACACAGGAGCAAAACUUUAAAUGCUUUGAGUGUGAUAAGAGCUACACUAACAGUAGAACACUUUCUAAACAGCAAAAAACCCACAUGGGUGAAACCAUAUAAAUUUAUGGAGUGUGGAAAGAGCUUCAGUGCAAGCAGUAGCCUUGCUGUGCAUCUGAGAACUCACAUGGGGGAGAAACCAUUUAAAUGCAUGGAGUGUGGAAAGAGCUUUAGUGUGAGCAGUAGCCUUACUGCACAUCAAAGAACACAGACACACAGGAGAAACAAUUUAAAUGCAUGAGGUGUAGAAAGAGUUUAGUGUGGAAAAUAAACUAGAUGUCUUUUUAAGACAAGGUCUUCAAUUCUGAG